AUGAAUGUUGCUGGUUUUGUAACGGUUGUUUUGGUUCUGGGAGUAAUGUGUUUAAUAGGUUGUCAUGCAUUUAUGUCAAAGUCUUCGACUUUGGAUUCCGGGUUGCUCCUGUUUCGUUUUUGGGGUCAGGAAGUGGAUCUGCUCGAUUGUUUCGUUCUUAGUUUGCGUUUUGGUCCUCCAUUUGUUCCUUACUUCUCAGAAAUAUCUCAACUCCAAUUUUGUUUGAUGGCAAAGUUUGUCCCUGUGGAUUCAGUUCCAGUUAAUGGCUUUGAGGAGCAAGCAUUUUCUCCGUAUUGUUCUGACAUUUAUGAUGAUUUUGGUGAUCCAAACAUAUUUCCUAAGGUGGGUGAGCAGUACCAGGCCGAAAUUCCACCUUUAAUGUCAGAAUCUGAUUGUUCUUUGUUUCAAAAGAAGCCACAUAAUGCAGAAAGAACAUGUACCUUCAAUGAGUCUCAAUUAGGAUUACCAAUUCGUAUAAUUUGGAUCAAGGAUGAAGUAGAGGACAAUAAGCAUAGUCCACUGAAACAUGCAUGCGAGUCAAUUGGAUUUACCAAAACAAGUGAAUUUUCAAAAAUAGAAUGCAUCCUGAAUAGUCCUGGCCAUGAUAAAUUGAAUCCAGAACCCGAGGACAUUGACAUUACAUUGGUCAAUGGAACAAAAUUGGGGGCAUCUGGAAAUUGCAGUGUGCAACAAGAAACAAAGAUUGGGGUGCAUGAGAAUAAAUGCAAAGGCCACUGUCUGGUUCCUGGGUCUUCAACUGACACCUGGAAUGAAAUAGAAGAGGCCAGUUUCACCCUUGGCUUGUAUAUAUUUGGGAAGAAUCUUGUUAAAGUGCAAAGAUUUAUUGGCAAUAAGACAAUGGGGGAUAUAAUGGCAUUCUACUAUGGGAAAUUUUAUAAGUCUGAGAGAUAUCAAAGGUGGUCUGAAUUGAGGAAAAUGAAAAGCAGAAAAUGCAUUCAUGGGCAAAAAAAUUUCACAGCACCAAGGCAACAAGAGCUUUUAUCUUGUUUACUACCCAAUGUACCAGAGGAAUGCCGCAGUAAAUUACUUGAGGUGUCCAAGACAUUUGUGGAAGGAAAAAUGCGUCUAGAAGAUUAUGUUUUAACUUUAAAGGCUUCAGUUGGGCUCAAUACUCUUGUUGAGGCAGUUAGAGUUGGUACAGAAAAAGAUCUUACAGGUCUCACUGCAGAUUCUGUGAAGUCCACUCAGGCACUUUCUGUUCGUCCAGAAAAACCAGUUGGCAAAGAUUGCUCAAGGCUUACACCUGCAGAAAUAAUAAACAUUCUAACAGGCAAUUUCAGAUUAAGUAAAGCUCGAUCAGGUGAUCUCUUCUGGGAAGCUGUUUGGCCUCGUUUACUUGCUAGAUGUCGGCACUCUGAGAAGCUGGGAAGUGAUGAUAAUUAUGUUGUUGCUUUUAAGCAUCCUCUUAUUUUCUUAGUCCUUGGAGUUAACAAGUUUUCAAGGGAACUAGAGAAGGGGGAUGACUAUUUUGAUUCCAUUUGUGAUGUCGUGGGUAAAGUUGCUUCAGAUCCUGAGCUAAUUGAGCUUGAGACAAAUGCAGAUGAUGAUUGCACAACCAAGGAGGGAAAUGGAUAA